AUGAAGAUUUUAUGAUGGCUUCAUCUAUUACAAAUCAUUCCGAGUUAUUAUGCUACAAAGAAAUGCUUUGAUUGUUCCUUUGGAGACAGAAAAAUACCUUGCAUUUUAUCAUUAGUAUUUUUAGCAGAUUACAUCCCGCUUCUAUUUUCUGAAGCUUUGUAUGAUGGCUUUUAUUGGUUAGUCACUUUUAGACAAGAUUGUGAGUAUUUUUCCAAAGAAGAUUUAUGACUAAGCGCAUCUAUCCUUACCUUUAUAAGGCAGCACGUAUCUGUAUAUAGCUCAUACAGUUUUUGAAUAUUUGGAAUUGUAUCAAUUCUACUAUCAUCCAAUCUUAUAAAUAAUUUGAACUAUUAUUCACUAUACUUGCCAGGGCUAUUUAAUUCGUUAUUUUUGCUCUUUUAUUAUUCUGUUUCAGGCACUUUAGAAUAUAUCUUAUAUUAUUUUAUUUGUUUCUCAAUUUUUAUUAUUUGAGGAUUUAAAAUUAGAUAUUGAAAUACAGAAUUAAACCCACCCUUUUAUUUUUACAAUACUUCGAUGCUUGCUGGAACUUUGCUUGCUAUAAAAAAUGCAUUAAUCCCUGAUAUCGAUUUAGCUACCUGCAUUGUAUGGAUUUUAAGUGCAGGAAUAGCAAUAACAGUCCCAGCUAUAAUUUUCAUUUAUUUUUGCAUAAGUUUCGGUUCAGCUUUUGAGAUAAUACGCUCUUCCAAUCAAGAAUUCUGUAACAACAAUGAAAACGAUAAUAAUUAUUUGCAUAAUCAUAAGUAUGUGCUUUGAAUUUUUCAGAGUUAUUUUCAAAUUUUUUUCUUUGCAAUUGCAAUGAUAUUGACUGCAACUAUAUUUGAAGAAAUAUUUGGUAGUUGAAAUAGAAUGCUUAUAGAAUUAUUUUAUUUAACAGCUGCUGCUACUAUAGGUAAUGCAUUGCUAUACCCGAAUUUAAAUUCAAAUCGAUACGACGAUGAAAGCUUCAGUGUGCCGAUAAAUAUUUCAGGAAUAUAUGCCCAGUUUUGGUUUUUAAGAAUCCUUGCAAAUUUUUUUAAUAGCCUUUGAACCUAG